AAACUGAGCAGUCAGUGAGCAAAUGGCUUUUGGUUUCCAGAUUAAUCUAUACAAUGAAGACACCAUCAGCAGAGCAUUGCUUCUAAGAGACAAAACUGUCACCAUAAGAAUGGCCUUCAUCACAAGGCUGCCAAUUUUCAUACUUCUCUUCGGUGUAAAUAUUCUUUGUCAAGAAGUCGAUUAUUCGUCUUCCCAACAACAUCAACGAAGCAUUCGUACACCCAUAAAUUUUGAACUAUAUGGACCAUUUCCCAGAGAGUGUGCUCGUGAAUGUCGGUGCGUACCAUCAUUUCCUUUGGCUAUGUACUGUGAUAAUCGAAAACUCACAAAUAUUCCCAAUAUUCCAGCGCAUGUGAGAUAUCUUUUCCUUCAGUUCAAUGAAAUAGAAAGUGUGCCAGAAAAUGCUUUUGUUAAUGCAACAUUGCUUCAAGAAAUUAAUUUAAGUCGCAAUAAAUUGAAGUCUUCCAAGAUCGCCAAAGGUGUUUUCGGCAAACUCAAACAUCUGAUUACUCUUAACCUAGCAUACAACAAACUUGAAGAAAUCCCAGCUCCACUACCUAACAGUCUUGAAAGACUUUCUUUGGGUUUCAACAAAAUUACUAAACUACCUGCUGAUACUAUACGAUCAUUGAUAAAUGUUACAAUUUUGGAUCUUGGUAAUAACCGACUCCCUGAUGGUGCAGUUAAGGGAAAUCACCUUGGAAAAAUGAAGAGUCUCCUACAGCUAAACCUGCGCAGUAACAAACUCAAAUCCUUGCCUGGAGACCUCCCAGCUUCUCUACUACAACUUUCAGUUGAAAACAACUCUAUAUCGUCCAUCCCAGCCAAUUACUUCAGAAAAACUCCAAAUCUCAUUUCAUUAAGGAUGGCACGCAAUAAGCUUAAACAAGUUCCAUAUGGUGUGUUCAACCUCUCAAAACUAAUGGAACUGAAUCUAGGUCACAACCAACUGACUAAAACUUUCUACGUUUCAAGGAAUCUAGAACACCUGUAUCUGAACAAUAAUGAUUUUACAACGCUUAAUGUUACUUUGAUGUGUCCUACAACCAACAUAACGAAUCCAAACCAUCUGACCUAUAUUCGGCUUGAGAAAAAUAAGCUGCAACGCCCUUUAAGUACAUAUAUCUAUGCCUGUUUUCCUCAUCUUCGAAACUUAUUUUUCGGUGAACAGGAUACUGUACCAGUUGUUGAAACCCAAGAAGCACCUGAAUUGGCUGGAACACCAAUUUGAGAAUCAGAUCACUGAAUUAAUUACUAAUUAUAAUCUAUAUUAUGCACUAACAACUUCCAAAACAUAGUAUGAAGCUACUUUUCCUACUACAUAUAAGCUACUUAAGCAAAAAAUGUAUAAUUCCUACUGUUUAAUUUCUCCAUUGUCUAAUUAUUUCAAAUUGUCUCAAAACUCAUGAGAAGUGAAGACAAGUGUAAUCAUUUAACUCAUUAUUUUCAAGUAAGUUUUCCAAUUAAGCAUUUGGAAAAUUCAAUUAAGAAUUGAAUGAAAAAGUUACCAAGGCUCACAAUCAUGUCCUUUAUAUUCAUGAAAUUUAUGCUCUCAUCCCUUCUCCUUCUUCCUACAAACAAGGUAAUUUUCAUUCUCAUCAUCUUUUAUCCAACCACCACGUAAAUUUAAUGAAUCGAUCCACAUAAUUUCUGACCCACCUACAAUGUGAUGAAAUUCCAAAGGCAUGUUCUAAUCUCUUCCCUUUGUAACGUGAAACAACUCUUCCCUCUCUACAGAUCUUCCCUGACCUGCUGAGUAUUUCCAGCAUUAUUUUUUAUUUCAGGAAAAAGACAUUCAUCUUUAUUAGAUGGGACAUCAUCAGAUAACUAUUAAAUGUGCAGUGCCACUGAACUGCAAGACUCUAGAAGAAACAGUGUUGCCUACACUCAGAACUCAACUUUGCAACUUUCAAUCUCAUCUAUGCACAUUGUAACUAACACUGAAGCAGGAAAAGUGUUCCAAAAAAAAAGUCAAUGAUGUAUGGGCAACACACAUCAAAGUUGCUGGUGAACGCAGCA